AUGCUGACCAGACGUGUAACCCGCGCCUUCCCUUCUUUUAUGCUGUUGGAAAUUCCAAUUGGUAAUGCAGGCCACUACUUGACAGUAAACCUGGCCUGGGGCAUUGCACUUUUAUUUGGCAUCCAUUUUUCCGGUGGCAUCAGUGGUGGUCACCUUAACCCAGCCGUGACGCUAACUUUGGCAGCGUUUGGACGCUUUGAAUGGUACAGGCUUCCUGGCUACUUUGUUGCCCAGACAUUAGAUGCCUUCGCUGCCGCAUGGGUCGUCUUUAUCGUAUGUUACCCUUUUGGUUUGAUGUUCAAGACCCAGCACGUACAACUAACUACCCAGGGCAUCUUUGCCCCUUACCCCAACGACCAAAUACCCAACUGGUGUGGUCUUGCUAACGAAAUCGUGGGUACAGCACUGCUUGUCAGCGGUAUCUUUGCUGUUAGUGACCGUCUGAACAAACCCGCUAGCUCCAACACGUUUCCAGCUGCUGUAGCUCUGAUGCUCACCUGUGUGGGCAUGGCAUUCGGUCUCGUCACUGGCUACGCUCUGAAUCCGGCCCGUGAUUUUGGUCCUCGUCUCUUUACGUUCUUUGCUGGCUGGGGCUCCAAGGUUUUCACGGCUCGUAGUUUCUACUUUUGGAUUCCAAUUGUUGGUCCGUUUAUUGGUGGACUGCUUGGAGCUGGUCUGUACGUAGGUCUCAUUGAAAAUUUCCAUCCACACGAAUAA